AUGCGUGAAUAUUUCAACAAGCCCAAUAAAGAUGGAGGAGUUCUUUUUAGGAUUUUUAAAGGUGGAGAUACAUCAGGACGAGGACUUUUUGAAGAACUUGUAAAUAUUUUGCAAGAGCUUAAACUUGAUAUUGGUGAUGUAAGAGGACAAGGGUAUGAUAAUGGUUCUAAUAUGAAAGGAAAACAUAAAGGUGUACAAAGAAGAUUAUUAGAGAUAAAUCCUAGAGCAUUCUACACACCUUGUGGUUGUCAUAGUCUUAACCUUGCACUUUGUGAUAUGGUAAACUCUUGUUCGCAAGCUUCAUCUUUUUUCGGAGUGGUGCAGCGCAUAUAUUCAUUGUUUGCAUCUUCUACAAAACGGUGGAAAGUUAUUACAGAUAAUGUUAAAUGUUUCACACUUAAGCCAUCAUCACAAAUUCGUUGGGAAGAUCAAGUUGAAAGUGUUAAAGCAAUAAGAUUCCAAGCUCCAGAUAUAAGAGAUGCUUUGAUUUACUUAGCAAGUUCUAGUGAAGAUCCCAAGACAAAAAGUGAUGCUGAGUGCUUAGCAACAUAUGAAAUUGAGAAUUUUGAGUUCUUACUUGGUAUGGUUAUUUGGUUUGAUAUUUUGAAUGCUAUUAACAAAAUAAGUAAAAUCAUGCAAUUAGAGGAUAUACAGAUUGAUGUUGCUAUAGACCUUUUAAGAGGGCUCAUUUCUUUUUUUGAAAGCUACAGAGAAAAUGGAUUUGAAGCAGCUAUGGUUGAGGCUAAAGAAAUUGCAGUUAGAAUGAAAGUUGAACCCAUUUUUCGUGAACGUCGCAUCAUUCGUAGAAAGAAACAUUUUGAUGAAAAUGCUAGUAAAGAGAUGGCAAUGACAGCUGAAGAAUCCUUUAGAGUCAAUUACUUCAUAUAUAUCGUUGAUCAAGCUCUUUCUUCACUCAAGAGUAGAUUUGAACAGUUUCAACAGUAUGAUGAAUCUUUUGGUUUCUUGUUUAAUUUGGAGAGGUUGAAGUCUGCAGAUAAUGAUAGUUUGAAGUGUUCAUGUCUUAACCUUGAAGAUCUCCUAAAGCAUGACAAAAAUUUUGAUAUUAAUGGGACAAAAUUAUUUUCAGAACUCCAAAUCUUAAGAGAAGCAUUACCAAGAGGAACAAAAAAAGCAAUUGAAGUAUUGAAUUUUAUGGAAAGGCUAAAUUGUUGUUUUCCAAAUGCUUGGAUUGCUUAUAGAGUAUUAUUGACAAUACCAGUUACAGUUGCAUCGGCCGAGAGAAGCUUUUCAAAGUUGAAGCUCAUCAAAUCUUAUCUACGGUCAACAAUGUCACAAGAGAGAUUGAAUGGAUUGGCUAUGAUAUCUAUCGAAAAAAAUUUAUUGGAGAAGCUUGAUUGGAACAUUUUAAUUGAUAAUUUUACAGCUCAAAAUGCAAGGCGAUCCCAUUUAAUGUAG